UCGUGAAGCUCCACGAAUCCUUUCCGGGUCGCAAGAAGCUAGGCACAUCCAUGAACGUGAGCUAGCGGGCCCGAUUUGUCAUCUUAAAAACAUAAGAAGUCAUCUUCAACGGCACAUUUGAACGCGUCCAGCGCAGAAAUUCCCAGUUUAUUGUCGUGUAACCACAUGACACAGCGAUGCCGGGUCUGAGCUGUAGGUUUUACCAGCACCGGUUCCCAGAGGUGGAGGACGUCGUCAUGGUGAACGUGCGGUCAAUCGCCGAGAUGGGGGCCUACGUCAGCCUCCUGGAGUACAACAACAUCGAGGGCAUGAUCCUCCUGAGCGAGUUGUCGCGGCGACGUAUCCGCUCCAUCAACAAGCUCAUCCGCAUCGGCCGCAACGAGUGCGUCGUCGUGAUCCGAGUCGACAAAGAGAAAGGAUACAUCGACUUAUCAAAAAGAAGAGUUUCACCAGAGGAGGCCAUCAAGUGCGAAGACAAAUUUACCAAAUCUAAAACUGUUUACAGCAUCCUGCGGCACGUGGCGGAGGUUCUGGAGUACACCAAGGACGAGCAGCUAGAAAGCUUGUACCAGCGCACCGCCUGGGUCUUUGACGAGAAAUACAAGCGGCCAGGAUACGGCGCCUACGACGUCUUCAAACAGGCCGUGUCAGAUCCCACCAUCCUGGACGGUUUGGAUUUAACGGAGGAGGAGCGCAACGUGCUGAUCGACAACAUCAACAGGCGGCUAACGCCGCAGGCUGUCAAAAUCAGAGCAGAUAUUGAAGUUGCAUGCUACGGCUACGAGGGCAUCGAUGCAGUGAAAGAAGCUCUGAGGGCCGGACUCGCCUGCUCCACUGAGGUCAUGCCCAUCAAGAUCAACCUGAUCGCCCCCCCUCGAUACGUGAUGACCACGACCACCCUGGAGCGGACAGAAGGCCUGUCUGUCCUCAACCAGGCCAUGGCUGCGAUCAAGGAGAAGAUAGAAGAGAAGAGAGGCGUCUUUAACAUCCAGAUGGAGCCCAAAGUGGUGACGGACACGGAUGAGACUGAGCUCGCCCGGCAGCUGGAGAGGUUAGAAAGAGAGAACGCUGAGGUGGACGGAGACGACGACGCUGAAGAGAUGGAGGCCAAAACUGAGGACUGAAGAGACGAAGAAUCAGAGGAGAAGAUGUGGACAGGCCUGGUAGUCGGUUUCAGCUUUUCAGGUUGCAAACGUUUAAGUCAUUUUAUUACUCGAUUGGCAAAAGAAAAGGAUCUUCUCAACCCCCACGUGAACACAAGGAUGGCUAAGCAAGUUUAACAGCAGGAUAGUUUCAGUCUGAAUAAACAGAAGCUGCUCAGUGGCCUUCACUUACCUUUUGCUUCAGAGCUCAGCCUCUUCAGUAUCCAUGGCUCCAAAUCUCCGAGUGGUCAGUGAACGCGACUGACCGAAGGGACAGAAGAAGCUCAUCUAUCGACCGCAUUCAGUUGUGAUAUUAUCUUCCAGUUCCAAGGUGUUUUACCAGCAAGAUCUGCUCUGUGUGUAGCUCACAUGACAUCAAUAAAGUUCUGGAAAUUUUCUUCUCAA